AUUUAUAAAAGAAUAAAAUUACAGGGGAGAAACCGCUAUAAUCCAUAAGUUGUACUUUGAAAAUUUGUAUUUAUUAAAUAAAAGUUUAAAAAUGCAGAAUUAAAAAUAAUUUAAAAGGAGCAGAUACUUUGCUAAUGCCACUUUAACUAUAAUUGCAACCUGCUUUAUUUUUCACCUUUGAACUUACAUGGUCUAACAUAUUUUAUUAACUGUAGAACUACAAGUCUUGUAUUUCAAAAUGUCAGCACAAAUUUUCACCUGAUCACUGAGAAAGCAGGUAAAUAAGAAAGUAGCAACAACAGCAACAAAAUCAAAAGGUGCACAUCAGCUUCUUGAAUAGAAGUCUUCCAUCUUAAAAUAUUUGCCUAUGAAUUUUCUCAUUUUAUGCUACUGAUCUAAAAAUGGAGUUAAGAUCAUGUAUAUUCCACUAGUAAAGACAGCAUAAAUUUUACACAAUGAAAAAAAAUCUGUGUGAGUUAUACUCUGUUCCUUAAUAAAUUUUGAGUUCCAGAGAGUAACAGAAAUGUUUUUGGCAAAGAUUUAAUGUAUAACAUUUUUGGCUUUGGAAAUACACAUUUCCUAAAAUAAAAAUUUAAUAAUGUUGAUGAAAUAAAGAUAUUCUUGCCUCCUGAGAUAGGAAUUGAUGACAAUUUGCUGGAAGAAUGAAUGAAAAUCACAUAGUUUAUGUUGACAGAGACUCUUGUUUGCAAGACAUUUAAAUGGAACUCCAAAUUUUUAUUCUCUGAGGCACUUGAUUAUGAUAAAUGAAAUCUAGUUAGUUCAUAGAAUGGAGUAUCAGCACCACACUUCUCAACAUUACAAAUUAUAUCAUUUCAGGUGAUUUAUGUGUUCUGUCUACACCAGAUCAUGGAAAAAAGCAGCAACAUCACUGUGUUUAUUCUGUUGGGACUUUCACAAAACAGGAAUAUUGAAAUCCUGUGCUUUGUAUUAUUUUUAUUUUGUUACAUAGGUAUUUGGACCGGAAAUGUGCUCAUAAUGAUUUCUAUCACAUGCACUCAACUAAUUGACCGACCCAUGUAUUAUUUCCUCAAUUACCUCUCACUCUCUGACCUUUGCUACACAACCACAGUGACGCCCAAACUGAUGACUGACUUGCUGACAGACAGGAAGACCAUUUCAUAUAGUAAUUGCAUGCUACAGCUCUUUACCACUCAUUUAUUUGGAGGCAUCGAGAUCUUCAUUCUCACAGGAAUGGCCUAUGACCGCUAUGUGGCCAUCUGCAAGCCCCUGCACUACACCGUCAUCAUGAGCAGGCAACGAUGCAACACAAUCAUCAUAGCUUGUUGCACUGGAGGAUUUGUGCACUCUGCCAGUCAGUUUCUCCUCACCAUCUUCUUACCGUUCUGUGGCCCCAAUGAGCUAGAUCACUACUUCUGCGAUGUGUAUCCUUUGCUGAAAUUGGCCUGUUCUAACACACGUAUAAUUGGCCUCUUAGUCAUUGCUAAUUCAGGGCUAAUUGCUUUAGUGACCUUCGUUGUUUUGAUGUUGUCUUAUUUUUUAAUACUGUAUACCAUCAGGGCAUACACUGCAGAGAGCCGCAGCAAAGCUCUUUCCACUUGCGGUUCCCACAUAACAGUUGUGGUCCUGUUUUUUGCACCAGCAUUAUUCAUUUACAUUAGACCAGCCAUAACAUUCCCGGAAGAUAAAGUGUUUGCUCUUUUCUACACCAUUGUUGCUCCCAUGGUCAACCCUCUGAUCUACACGCUGCGGAAUGUGGAGAUGAAGAAUGCCUUGAGGAAGGUGUGGUGUCAUCAGACACGCCUGAAGACAAAGCAAGUUUUGUGA